AUGGCCUUUAUUGAAAAGUGCUUCUGUUGCAGUUUGCCAAUAGCUUGUGGAUUUUUUGCGGCCUAUUUACUGAUUGCCUAUUUGAUAGCGUUCGCUUUUGAACUAAUCUGGAUCAUCCUGGAAUCUUCGAAUGCUCUUCCUGCAGCCGCAGUUCUCUUAUCCGCGGGAUUUUUUGCCAUGAGCCUUUUUGCCGCUUUACUUUUACACGGAUUGGCAACCAAAAAUUCCCUUUGCCUUGUAACGUGGAUGUUUGCCGUAACUAUUUUAACAUUUCCUGAAGCGGGACUUGUGAUUUACAUGAGCGUGGAUUAUUGGGGUACAGGCCAUAUUUACGGUAUCACAGAACUCUCGUGCUGGCUCUUGAGAAUAAUAGUUAACGUAAUACAAAUUAUACUGAUCCAAUCUCUCUACACAUUGUGGAAAGAUGAGGAUUUAAUGGAGAAGAGGAUACAAGAAAUGGCUGGAAUGGAAAGCGCUGUUUCGGAAAAUUAUCAAAAUAACGGUUUUACCAGUGAAGAAUUUGUGGAUCAAAUCGAUGGCGGGAGUCUUAAAAGAUACGGUUCAAUGCCUCAUUUAUGGAACAACAUGCACCUGAUGGUACCUUAUGGAGGCUAUCAGUACUCUACUUCAACAACUACCAGCGAAUUCAACGCCAGCGUUUUCGUGCCCGUUGAAUUCGACAAUAGCGAGAAAAAGAGCCAAUCCCUUAUGGAUUUACGGUUUCUAGACCAACAACAAUGGCUCCCAGAUCAUCAAGACCUCAUAAUCCCACCAACCAAACCACAAAUGAGAGCAAUGUCGGAAAUAAAUUAUUCCACCCUACCGUCAAAAUUAUCCAUGAGCAGAUACAAAUCCAUGGACGAUAUCGACGGGGAUCCUAAGACGAGUCAUAUAAUCAGAAACAGGACAGGGUUUUAUGCGCAACCGAUCGAAAACUACGGGGUACCCAUUUAUUAUGGUCCAUUGGAUGGGCCUGAUUUUUUAAUUUACAAAAAACAACUGGAGAGGCUCAACAGUAGGAAUUCUUUGAGCAACACUUCGGCUGAUGAAAUUUCCAAAUACAGGGACGUAGCUUUGUAA